AUGGUUUCGAUAUCUCUUUAUGUUAUCCUUCUCUCCUCCCUUAUCGUACUUAGUACUGGACAAGAAAAAAAUGGCAAACAUCAUAGUACAGAAGAAGUAUUUGAUAUACUUGAUCGUAUUCAUGAUAAAUGUCCCGAUAUAACACAUAUCUAUGAUUUACCAUUGAAAUCAAUUGAAAAACGUCCAUUACGUGUUAUAAUAUUCUCGGAUAAUCCAAAACAUCAUGAAGAACUUGAACCUGAAUUUAAAUAUGUUGGAAAUAUGCAUGGAAAUGAAGUUGUCGGCCGAGAAUUAUUAUUAAACUUAGCUGAAUAUCUUUGUGACGAAUAUAAAAAUGGCAAUGAACAAAUUCAAAAAUUAGUCGAUAAUACUCGUAUACAUCUUAUGCCAGCAAUGAAUCCUGAUGGUUGGGAGAUUGCUGUAAAAAAUGCAUGGAAUUCAACAAAACCAAAUCAAUUUAAAGAUAUUGAAACAAUGUUAUACGAACAAGGUGCACUUGACUGGCAAGUUGGCCGACCUAAUGCCAAUGGAGUUGAUCUAAAUCGAAAUUUUCCUAAUUUGGAUGAAUUUAUCUACGCAUAUAACCAUCAAGCAAACCAUCGAAAUAAUCAUCUUGAUCUUGAAACAUUCGUUUCAUUAACAACAGGAACUGAUUGUCAUGAUCAAGCUUAUCAACCUGAAACAGUUACAGUUGCUUUCUGGAUAAUGCAAAAUCCAUUUGUUUUAUCAGCUAAUUUACAUAAUGGUGAUCUUGUUGCUAAUUAUCCAUAUGAUGAUUCAGCAAAUCAUCUUCAAAUGUAUUCACCAUCACCUGAUGAUUCAUUAUUUCAACAAUUAGCUGAAUCGUAUUCUCAUACACAUUUAAAAAUGCAAUCACCAAAAAAACCAUGCUCAACAGAUGUUUUCCCAGAAGGAAUUACUAAUGGUGCAGCUUGGUAUCCAGUUUGUGGUGGAAUGCAAGAUUUUAAUUAUUUAGCUAGUAAUUGUUUUGAAUUAACAUUAGAACUUGGUUGUCAAAAAUUUCCACCUGGUAAAAAUUUACCAAGUUUAUGGGACGAUAAUAAAGAUGCACUUCUCAAUUUCAUGUGGCAGACUCAUGUUGGUAUUAAAGGUUAUAUUGUCGAUGAAGAUGAACAACCAAUUCAUAAUGCAAGUAUUAAAGCUUAUCAAUUAGUCAAUGAUAACUGGAAAUAUAUUGAUCAUGAUAUAACAUCAAAUCCAAAAGGUGAUUAUUAUCGUUUACUUACAGAUGGUUCAUAUGCUAUUCAAGUCAAAAAACCAGGUUAUGAAAGUCAAACAAAAUAUAUUAAAGUUCAUAAUAAAGAACAUCAAACAAAUGCACAACAAGUUGAUUUUACUCUUGAAUUAUUAUCGGCCGAACGUCAAGAUCUUCAACGAAUGCUUAAACAUUACAUGAAUGAUAAAUAUUAA